AUGGUCGCACCGGCGGACGGCAAGACAUCGCCACUACUCUCACUCACCGCAGGAGGCAUCGCCGGCGGUGUGGAAGCCGCCUGUACGUACCCAUUCGAAUUCGCCAAGACGCGAGUGCAACUCUACGGACACCAGAAAGGGACAAGAAAUCCAUUUGCAAUCGUUCUGCGCGUUGCCCGCGAGGAGGGGUUGUCGUCACUGUACAAGGGAUGCAGCACCCUGAUCGUGGGGUCUAUCGGAAAAGACGCGGUGCGGUUCGUCGCGUUCGACAGCAUUCGCUCCGUGUUUGAGGACAAGAAGACUCAUACCCUGGGACCCUUGCAAAGUAUUGCGUCAGGAAUGGUAGCUGGGAUCGUCAGCAGCACGAUCAUUGUCACACCCAGCGAGCGCAUCAAGACAGCACUCAUCGACGAUGCCAAGACGACGCGACGGUUCAAGGGCGCGAUAGACUGCAUCACGACUUUGACGCGAGAGCAGGGAUUUUUGAAAGCCCUUUGGCGCGGCUAUAUCACAACGACACUGAAACAGAUCGGUACCACGGGAUUCCGCCUGGGUAGCUACAGUACCAUCAAGGACUUUGAGCGCAGCAAGGGGAUCAGCCCUGAGGGCCCGAUUAUGAGCUUCGCAAACGGCGCGCUAGCCGGCACAGUCACGACUGUAGCAACGCAACCUUUUGAUACGAUCAAGACGAAGGCGCAACAAGCCAAGGCCGUGGGCACGAUGGAGUCGUUCUGGGCGAUCAUGGCCGAGGAUGGAGUCAAGGGUCUUUGGAGAGGGACAGUCAUGCGGCUUGGUCGAACAGUUUUGGCCGGUGGCAUUCUGUUCACGGCUAACGAGCAAGCCUUGAAGGGCUUGAAAUUAUUACUGGGAAAAUAA